AUGUCAUCGACCCAACGGCCAAACAGACGUCUCAGCGCACGGCUACAGGUGAAAGGCGACGCGCCGGGAGUCGCGACUCGGCCGUCAGUCAAUGGGAUUGUCGAUGCGCAAGGAAGCACACAAGAUGCAAGGCGCGCGCAAACAUCCAAAAGCUUCAAUGAAAAGAAGAGGAAAAUGACUUACGAUGAGGAAGACGAUGGGUUCCUCUUUAAACGCGUCAAGCAGAAGGAACAAGAGACCACCAAGAUACAGCAGCCCCGAAGCAGUGUACCGCCUCAAGUAAACACGUUGAAACCCCCAGAAACCACGGAAAGGUCAAAAGCACCGGAGGAGGAGGUCGAAUCCCCAUCAGAACCCAAGAAGAGACGGAAGAGGCUAUCAUUUUCUACCCCGAAACCGAAAGAAGGUGCACCAAUGCGCCGCUCGAAGCGCCUUUCGCGCGAUAAUGAGCAGAAAGAUGGAAGUCCGGCGGAAAAGGUGCCGCGCGACGACAAGCACAAACGUCGGCGGCAGCACCCUGACGAGCACCCUCCCGAGACAACCGAGACAGUCGAUGAGAAAGAGUCAUCUCAUCAGCCUGAGCCUGUCAAUAAGCUGGAGAAUGGCAAUAUAGAAGAGGGCGACACAAAAGAGAAUGUCCCUACGCACAGGGAGGAUCAUUCUGCCACGAAGAUUGCGCUGCCCUUCGCCGACACACCGGUCAUCAAGAGAAACAAAGCCAUGCGCGAAGGCAAGGUUGGAAAAAACGAGAGAAGAAGUAGUUUAGGUCUCCGGGGCCGGAGAGCCAGCUCUCUCAUCGAAACGGGGAAUUCCAACGCUCUUCCACACAAAGAAGUCGAGAUAUCGGAUUUCUAUAAGCAUAUCGAAAGCGAAGGUCUUCCGGAACCGCGACGAAUGAGGCAACUGCUCACGUGGUGUGCCACACGCGCUCUCGACGAGAAGCCAAUGGGGACGGAUUUUGAGGACGCCAGUGCACCAGCAGCCGCUCGCGUCGUCGAAGAGGAGCUGCUCAAGGAGUUGUCGAACAAGUCGGAACUGUCUGAUUGGUUUAACCGCGAGGAUGUGCCUGUCCCUAAAAGGCCACUUCCCGAACGACCGAAUCCCAAGAAUCUUCAGAACAUCGAGAAGAUUGCCGAACUCGAGGAACAGAUCAAGCGACUUCGAGCAGAGAAAGAUGCCAUGGAAUCUUUACUGCAGCCACCUCAAAUUCCACGCCUGAGCGAGCUGGAUACGCCAACAAGCCUUGGAGGCGGCCUCCCGGAUAGAACACUACUGUCUGACGCUGAUGUAGCAGCUCUUGAAGUAUCAGCUGCUGCAGACACGACUUCUUUCGACCAGAUAUCGUCUCGACUAAACAGACUUUAUCAGUCGGUAGGUCCGACAAUUGACACUUUCGCAGACGGGGUACACGCAAUAGGCCAAUAUCGCCAGUCUGCAGAUAACGUCGCGGGCAGGGUGCUAUCCAUGUGCGCCCAAAAACUGGCGCAACGGGAGCACGACGGGCGGAAGAGGGCGCUGCCUGCAGCGCAGGGCACACCGCCCAAAGAUCUAGGCGGCGUAUUACGCAGUCUGAGCAGAGCUGAUAGAUGA